GUGUGUCUCACUCUCACUGUCUCUGUUCUCUGGUAUUGCAGGAUAGGAAAAAGGUAGUGGAUAUGGCCGUAACGAGCCUCGGCAUCUGCGCUCGCACUUCUUCGGCUUCUCUAAGCCUUCUGAGCUCUCCGCCACGGUCACCGCUUAGGGUUUCUUGCUAUUGUCCUCAGCUCUCUCCGUCUCCUAUCGACAAAACCUUGACGCAGAUUCAGAAUUCUGGCGUCAUCGCUUGCCUUCGUGCCAAUAGUGCGGAGCAGGCCUUGAAAGCUGCUCGUGCUGCACUUAGCGGUGGCAUCUCAGUUCUGGAGAUUGUUAUGUCCACCCCUGGUGUAUUUGAGGUUCUACAGCAGUUAGUGCAGGAGAAUCCUAAUCCAGCCUUAGGAGUUGGGACUGUCCUUAAUGUCGAGGAUGCCAAAAAUGCAAUAAAUUCUGGAGCCAAAUUUCUUAUGAGUCCUGCCAUGGUGAAAGACAUUAUGGUUGAUGUCAAGUGUGCUGAAGUUCUGUACAUACCAGGUGUAAUGACCCCAACAGAAAUACUGUCUGCAUAUGAUACCGGUGCCAAAAUUGUCAAGGUUUAUCCUGUCUCUGCAUUAGGUGGUAGUCAGUACAUUUCAGCACUCAAGAGGCCUUUUCAUCACAUCUCGAUGGUUGCUUCUCAGGGCAUAACAAUAGAUUCAAUCAGAGAAUAUAUCUCCAGAGGAGCAACAGCAGUUGUUUUAUCAGAUGCCAUAUUUAAUAAAGAGGCAAUCAUUCAAAAUAAUUUCGAUGAAAUUUAUCAACUUGCAAAUUUUGCAGCUUUGCAGGGCAAUGAGGCUGUAGAACGGAAAAAGAAGUGUAUGCUAAGCUAAUUAAUUCAGAAGUACUCAGCAGUUUCCUCAGCUUGCCUAUACCAUGAUAAAGGCAUCAGAACAAUUUUUGGACAGUUCUGAUACGAACGCCUACUUAUACAAACUAGACUCUCGGGGUAAAAGAUGCCGAGUCCCUAAUAUUGAUUGCAAUGAUCAAAACCCAGGCUGAUUACCAUUGGAUAUUCUAGUCCGAAAGCUGAAACUUGAGAGCUUCACGGUAGAGCUGAAGAGCUUGACUGCGAUGUUUGUUGGAAGGAAGAAGCCUGAAUUGAUGCAUGGGAGUACGGCCCGAAUUUUAUUCAGUUUUUGGCCGGUUAAGAUUCAUAUUAAUUUGGGUUGAGAAAUGCCUUUGAUCAUUCUUUUAAUUGUCAUCUUUUCGUUAUUUUUUGAUAAAAUGAUGAUCAAACGGAUAGUAAAUAACACUCUUAAAAGUUAUAUUA